CCUCCCGGGAUGUCCCUCCCCGGCGCCUCGGUGUUGGCUCCAUUCAGUGGCGGGUUCCGCGGUGGACGCAGCUCCGGCGGGCGGGCGCUGCUCUCGCUCAGUAGGAACAGGUCCUCGGCCGGCAUCGCUCAGCGGGCAGCAGCCGCAGGAGGAGGUGCUCCAGAGGAAGGAGGAUGCUGUCCCGACUGCGCGCGGCCGCGGCGCCCUGCGCGAUGGCGCGGCGCGGCCUGCACACCAAGGAGAAGGGCAAGCCGCUCAUGCUGAACCCGCGCACAAACAAGGGCAUGGCCUUCACCCUACACGAGCGACAAAUGCUUGGGCUGCAGGGACUCCUACCUCCCAAAAUAGAGACACAAGACAUCCAAGCCUUACGCUUCCACAAGAAUUUGGCAAAAAUGACUGACCCCUUGGAAAAGUAUAUCUACAUAAUGGGGAUCCAGGAGAGAAAUGAGAAGCUGUUCUACAGAGUGCUGCAGGACGAUAUUGAGCGGUUAAUGCCGAUUGUGUACACUCCUACAGUGGGCCUGGCCUGCUCCCAGUACGGACACAUCUUCAGGAGACCAAAAGGAUUAUUUAUUUCUAUCUCAGACAGAGGCCACAUCAGGUCAAUUGUGAACAACUGGCCAGAGAAUGACGUUAAGGCUGUUGUCGUCACUGAUGGAGAAAGAAUACUGGGUCUUGGAGACCUGGGGGUGUACGGGAUGGGAAUUCCAGUGGGAAAGCUGUGUUUGUACACAGCCUGUGCAGGGAUACACCCAGAUAAAUGCCUGCCUGUGUGCAUCGACGUUGGGACUGAUAACACAACACUCCUAAAAGAUCCGUUCUACAUGGGGCUGUACCAGAAGAGGGAUCGCUCGCAGGUCUACGAUGACCUGAUAGAUGAAUUUAUGGAAGCCAUCACAGACAGGUACGGCCAGAACACGCUCAUCCAGUUUGAGGACUUUGGAAACCACAAUGCUUUCCGGUUCCUAAGGAAAUACAGAGAGAAGUACUGUACCUUCAAUGACGAUAUUCAAGGGACGGCCUCAGUGGCCUUGGCAGGACUGCUGGCAGCACAGAAAGCCACUGGGAAACCGCUCACAGACCAGAAAGUGCUGUUCCUUGGAGCAGGAGAGGCCGCCCUGGGGAUUGCAAACCUCAUUGUUAUGGCUAUGAUGGAAAGCGGUGUGUCCUGCGAGGAGGCCUCCAGGAGAAUAUGGAUGUUUGACAAGCACGGCUUGCUGGUUCAGGGCCGGGAGCAGAAGGUGGAUUCCCACCAAGAACCAUUCACACAUCAGCCUCCAGAGCACAUACCAAAGACAUUUGUAGAGGCAGUGAAUGUACUGCAGCCUUCAGCUAUCAUCGGAGUUGCUGGGGCAGGGCGUCUCUUCUCCCAGGAUGUGCUCAAAGCCAUGGCUUCCAUCAACGAGCGACCCAUCAUAUUUGCACUGAGCAACCCCACGGUGAAGGCUGAGUGCACAGCAGAGGAGGCUUACACGGUGACAGAGGGCCGGUGCCUGUUUGCCAGCGGCAGCCCCUUCGAGCUGGUGACUCUGAAGGACGGAAGGACCUUCAAACCCGGCCAGGGAAACAACGCUUACAUUUUCCCAGGCGUGGCUCUGGCUGUGAUCCUCAGCAGUGUCCGGCACAUCAGUGAUAAGGUGUUCCUAGAGGCUGCCAAGGCACUGGCAGAACAGUUGACAGAUGAAGAGCUUGCACAAGGCAGACUUUAUCCUCCACUGUCCAAUAUCAGGGAAGUUUCUAUUCAUAUUGCUGUCAAGGUGAUGGAGUUCCUGUACGCCAACAACAUGGCCUUCCACUACCCCGAGCCCGCCGACAAGAGCCGCUACAUCCGCUCCAAGGUGUGGACCUACGAGUACGAGUCCUUCAUGCCGGACGUGUACGACUGGCCCGAGUCCAAGGUGCACUGACGCGCCGCCGCGCCGCACUCCUCAGGCAGCACCUCCUACUCUGCAGGGAUCCCUUUCUCAGACCAACUUAAAUCAUGAUCUUUGACUCCUCUAAUUUAUUUGUGCUUGUUUCGUUGCCUUGUUUUGGUUUUUUCCUCCUUAUACCCCGUUUUUCACCUGAUUUCUCCCAAGUACCUGAUGAAUUGUAUGGAUGACGGCAUCUGCCGCAGGGAUGAGAGAGCCUUGCAAAAUUAAUUUAAAUACAUUUCUAGCUUAGAGCCAGCACCACAGUGAAAAAUUCCAUUGAUGAUAGCUCAGCUACAUGUGUUUGAUGAUGAACUAUAGCUCUCUCAUCACUGCUGAUCUCUACAGUGAUUUAUUUCUGCCUUUAAUAAUCAGUCUUCUAAUUGUCCUGGUGUUGUCACACUGCAUUAGCUGUGACAUCAAGGGAGACCACUUGCCAUAGAAAAAAAAGAAAAAAAAGGGCAGUUAAAGACAAGUUCAAGAGUCUAAUGGGCCUUCUGUUUUGUUUAAUGUUUAAGGAUGCUCAUGUCCAGACAUCCUUGUGGCUUUGGCUGCUGUUUCCUUGAGGAGCAGCACGAUGUACAUGUGUGGAGUAUGCAGCAAAGUUUGCAGUUUUGUUUUCAUCACUCCGUGAAAUCUGUUCUCAGGAAAAAUGUGAACUAGUUCAAAUUGUCCUUGGAAAGCCUGAAAAUAAUAUUAAUCACUUAAUAGCUUUUAAAAACAAAGCUGCGCUAUUGCAGAAUAAAUUUUACCGGGUAGUAAUUUAUGAAGUAAUUUAUGGAAAUCCUUUAUAGAUUUUACGAGGAGAUUUUACACAAUGGACUGCAGCAUGAUGUACCAAAGGAUGUUUUUGGGUUUUUUUUAAAUUUUUUCAAGAUUCUGUUUUAAGCCAGGUUGUUUCCUCCCUUGCAUCCUCUUGUUCUCAGAAAAAGACUCACGUGUGAUGCUUUAUGCCAUUGCUGACUCAAAAGCUCCAAAGUGGGCUCACUUCAAACAAGCACCCUGUAGGCAGCUGAUGAAGCUGAAACAGAAAUAGUUGUCAGGCAGCUGUUCACACGAGUCUGACUGAACAUUCCCUGUGCUCCUGGUCCCGUAUCUCCCAGCCACUGUGAGUACUGGACUCAACAGAUGCAAUGCCUACAGGGUCUGCAUUGAUCACUCCAACUUACCCCACUUUCAGGCCUGGUUUGUCAGAGUUCUUGUGUGAGAACAGAAAUUUGCAGUAGAGUUUUCUCUCUCUGGGGGUGGUGCUGCACGUUGGCUGCAGACACCACAGCGUACACUCCCCAGAUGCCGCGGGGGCUGACGGGCCCUGGGCACUCUGCAGGGACAGGCAAGGACACCCCGUGAUGGCCACAGGCUGUGACCUCCCCAGGUGUGCAGAAAUGAGGACACUGUGCUGUCCCACAGUCUGCUGCAGCAAGGCAGAAAAAGGACAGGAGCAAACAGACAGACAGAUGUGCCAGCAGUGCUGCACUGGCAAACAUCACCCAAAGAGACAGAGAAACGUUUGCUUAGGAUUUACCAUGGCAGGCACUGCUCUCAUACCCUCAAUUAUACACGAAAAUGCAGUCUCCACACAACAGGCCAGGACAGAGCAGGGAAAAUGGUCUCAGUACACCCUUAGGUGCCUACAGUCUAAUCUUUGCCUCUAAAAUUAUGUUCAUACAAAGAACAGUAAACUUUGGGAAGGCACUGCCUAACUGGGGAAAGAAGACUGAUUAUAUAAACACAGAAAAGACUGAUGUAGAGAAAAAACUGUGGUAUUCAAGCUGUGGUAAAAUGUUGUGUGGUGGGGCUCGAAGUGCAUCACUGCUGAGUCCUGAGAUGCACAUGGACAUGAGCUUGCACUUGCAAGGAAAUUUACAAAAGACACCAACACACACAUAGGAUGUUUUUACAAAGAGUGUUUUUUUCAUCUAUUUUUGCUAUGCCUUGUUUUUAUUGUAUUUAAAUUAGUGAUCUUACUGAGAAAAAAAGUAAUUUAUUCAAUGUAUGAAUUAUUUUUGCCUUCUGAAAAUCCAGCUCUGUCUGAAGCCUGUUGUAUUGUGCCAGUGGAGUUCUGCAUCACUGGAUUCCAGAGUACUGGGAACACACACUUCCUCCCUUCUGCCAACAGUCCAAUUAGAGAGAUGAGUAACAAAAAACACCCAGAAAUGUACCAAUCUCAUGUCCCAGCUAAGAGUGAUCACAGAGGCAGGGAACCAGUCCCAAGCUCUGCCUUAGGAAAUAAAGGUCCAUGCCCACCCCUUCAGUUUGAUUAUUUUCAAGGACUGCAGCUCGUGUCCGCAACCAGUGGCCAUUGGUAGCACUCAGGAGAAGCUGGAGCUUGGGAAAGCAGUGGCCUGUGAGCAGCAGCUUUGGGCAGGAGUGAUCCUGGUUCCCAAAGGGAGCUCCCGUGUGGGGACCCACAGCCAGGCCGAGGGAGGCUGCCUGUUCUGAGCAGUGCUUUCCCCUCCUGGCACAGCCUCCCUGCUGUGUUUCAGCAGCUGCCAGGAGUGAUGGUUGAGAACCGGCUGGCAGCAGGAUUCUCCCAAGCACCAAUGUUCCUGCACAGUAACUUUUCUGGAAACCCCAGUGCAGAGUGAGGGAAAAGCAUUCCUUAACAGACCUGUGGGCUCCCCUCGGGAACAGCCCGGGCUGCAGGUGUGCUGGAGGUCUGGCUGCUCUGUCCCCUGUCCCAGGUGGGCAGGUGGGCAGCUGGGCAGCGCAGUCACACCUGAGCCACACACUCUCCUGGGCUUUGUCUGGCCAGGCUCUCUGCAUCCUCUGUAGCUUGCAGUGUGGACGUGGUGGGAUUUUCCCUCCGAUGUGCAGCCAUUGUUUCCUCUUGGCAAUAGGUAACCUGCCAGCUCACAGAGUUUUUUACUCCUUUUCACUCCCUCUUUCAUCUUUUCCAGACUUUUUUAGUUUUUUUGAUAUGUAGGAUUUUAAUAUACAUAGAUUCAUGUUCAGUUUUUCUUCAGGUACAAUUAAUCCUUGAACUAAUUACAACUGCUAAUCUUGCUGGCUAGUAAGGAAUCAGAUUCCUUUUUCAUAUUCUACUUAACAUGAUUUUUUUCAGUAUGCUGGCUUAUUCAAAAUAUUUACUGAUCUUUAUCUGUACAGAAAAUUCUCUUAGACAGUAUGCAAAGGGAAACAGGUGUCGCCAGGAUGCACUUUGUCACAUUACAUAGUGUAAGUUUAAAAAAUACAUUGCCUAAAGGACCACCAGUGUUGUAGCUUGUCACACAGCCCUGGUGACUUACAAAAUGAUAUAGAAGAGUGUCUUCCACAUCUCUUUGGGAUAUGCAGAACCCUUCUUUGAGGAUCAGGAGCUUCACUGAGGUCAGUCUUUUCCAGGAUUUGUCCAAUCCUUGCUGCAAGAGCAGGACUGAGCCUCUUGGCAGCAACCUGUAGGAGUGUUUAGGGGAGAGUAAAGAUAUCUAAUGAAGCACAGCCUUUCUUUAUAAAAUACAUGUGGUUUUGCUCAAAGGUGUUGCAAAGGUUUGUGUGUUCCUGAAGCCUCUGCCCAGGUGCCAACAUGACAUGUAGAAGGAGACGAUUAAAAUGUUGUGUCUGAUAUAUUUUAAACCCCCAGUGUGACUCGUGGCACAAGUUCUUGGUUACAUUUGUGGACAGUGAUGCAUCCUGAUCUGUUGUGUUCAUUUUCCAAGCUUCAACCCAAGUGACACUUUACCUGCAGAGUGGUGUGUAACAGGUUUCCUGUGGUCAGUGCGUGUCUUCCUCUUGUACUGUUGUUUCCAGCACGCUAUUUUACGGGGAUAAAGUAACUCUGUCACACUCCUCUGGUAGUACCUGCGAAGAUGAACGAUACACCUUUUAGCUUCUCGUUAGCAGCCCUCCGUGGUGACUGUUCCUGUGGGAGAGUGGGGAUCACUAUUGUACAGCUCCAACCCUGGUUUUAGUUCAGCUGACUCUGGGCCCGGGCAGUCCCAGCCGUUUUUCACUUGCUGCGGGCUCACUGCGGAGCUGCAGGGCUGAGCUCCUCUGCCCCUCACACAGAGGUGCCUGCAACUCUCAGAUCAGUGCAACAACAGUUUGAGCUGCUGCCUCACUCCUAGUGCUUGCUGCGUUGGAGAAACCACUGCAAUUUCUGGACUCUGGGAUGAUACCUACUGCUGCCCCAUUCCCUAACAGCCGUGGGUAGCAGGCAGGCACUGGUGUUACAUGGAAGGAGGAAAUCCAGAGCAAAGCUCUGACUGCACUGGCUUGGCAGCUGAAUUUGAGCAAAGCCGCUCAGCUGCUGCUGCUGAAGGCACAUCUAGCUCUGUGUGACCUACCCUGACCUGCCUGCUCCCAAGAGACACCUCAGAAUGGUAUCAGCACCCUGUGGGAUGGGCGAUCCAGCACGGCUCCAGGACCCGCGCUUCCCCGCCACCGGCAGCUCCGUGGGGAUGGCACAGACUCACGGGGAUGACACUGACCCACGGCGCUGGUGGCACCGCGGGCCGUGGCUGCAGCUGCAGGAACAGGUCCUGUCACCACGUCCUGCCCCUGCUGCAGGAGCCCUGGCUGGGAGGUCAUGUUCCCCAAACACAGGGCCAGCACUCGACUGAACUCAGCUUGCCACAUACCAAUGACUUUGGCUUAUCCAUUCUUCAACUAGAUCCUUCCUAAAGGGAAUAAAAAUACUCUUAGGACUAAAGAGGACUGGUUUGUCAACAAAACAGCAAAAUAAUCUGCAUUUAUAUCUAUCUUAAACAUAUCUACCUAUACGCAAAUCAGUGUAAGCCUGCUGGGACACAUGUGAGAACAGUGCCAGCCACGUCUGUGCGGGGUUGGCUGUGCCUGGGAGGGUCAUUGCUCAGCUGAAACUAAAACUGUAUGUCAAAUGUGAACUGGUUGGGGUUUCUUCCUACUUUAUAACGUUGUAACUCUGUUGAAAUGUGUGUUCUAGUCUUCUAUUUUCUUAGUAAAAAUGCAUUCCCUUUGCCUAA